GUGCAUUUGCUGCAUUUGCGUUACAACCAGAAGGAUGUUGAAGACCUCCUACGUCCAGCUGACAAUAUCCAUUAGUAGCGUCAUGUAAAAAAAUAAUGAAGGUUGUCGACCCAUAGCUUAGUUUCGCAACUUCCCAUGUACACAUAUCUUCCGAACCAAUACCAGCACAUUGUGUGAGCAAGUACUAGAUGGACCUUGGCCUGAAGAAGUUAUGUGUAAAUGCGACUGCAGCGAAGAAUGAGAGUGAUCGAUCGUGACUUGGGCGGGGAAGUCCACCUGCCUGUGUGUGCAUGGGCGCAGCACUCUCCUGCAACCUCAGCAAUCAAUACAAUCUGUACUGCAUCCUACUACCGCUGUACAUUUUAAGUACCUCUGCAUGGAACAAGAAGCUCUUUCCCCCUCCACUUUUGCUUCGACUUCCAUGCUUGUCGAAUAGCUCACGCCAUAUGCGUUUCGUCAGCGUCAAACCGUAUCCUCACCAAAACCCCCACAAGCGCAGAACACCACGUACACCUUCCUUUGUCUCUUCUCGCAUAUCCUGCAUGGCCUUGUCGGACUUCCUAGUCACAGAUGACCUGACCAUCAUCCUUGCUCUGGUCGCUGCUGGCUUAUUUCUAUUGCACAAUCUCUACAAGCCUCAGCCUCUUGUCCACCCCAUUCUUCUUGGACGUCAGAGCGAUGUAGCUCGUGUCAGAAACCCCAAGGAAAGUGCAGUUAUGAGGAACUACGGUACUGGCAUGCUUGGUCGCUUCCCUGUAAGGCCAGCCAAGGAGCAACAAGUUCUCUUGGAUCUAGUCAAACCAGACUCAGAUUCUUCCCGUACUCUAUGGUCUACCAAGAUAACUAAUCCUCAGCUGAGGCAACGAGUCUCAGCCUUUGGGACUGGGCUUAUCCGUGUUGCUGGCCUGGAUCCUGAAGAGUCCAAUGUGCUCCUGCUUCUAAAUGACGGUAUUGAAUUCUUGAUCACCGAUCUGGCACUCGCUUCCCACUCCAUUCCUUCAUUUACUCUUAGCUCUCCUUCCGUUCUGACUCCGGUGCUUGAGGAACACCCUCCUUCAGCCAUUGUAGUUCAUGCUGAAUUCCUCCCUCAACUCCUGGAAUUGAUUCAUGACUCAAAUGAUGGUGUACAUCACACUAUUAUUGUGGUCGGAAACACAGAUCUCGACAAGCACCUGGGCGCCAUCAGGUUGUUGAAGUGGGAAGAUAUUGAACGUCAAGGUGCUCAGGCCGACCAGCUCACUCCUGCUACUCCUAAACCUCAAGACGUUUUCACUGUAUCAUUUUUCGCUACACCUGAUGGACAACUUCGUGGCACUUCGCUCACGCACGAGAACCUUACCGCUGGCGUCACCAGUACUCGCGCGCUCCUGCCUUUGUCUGGAGCGAUUUCACCCCUCGAUACAAUAGUGUCAGCUCACUCCUUGUCAACUGCUUUUGGACGCGCUGUUGCGUACACUGCGGUUUUCGAAGGGACCAACUUCGCCACUCUAAAAAGUUCCCAAUUCUUCACCGCAGCUGAAACCACCUCCUUCGAUCUUGCUGAUCUGAAAUCCGUGGAAUCGUACCCUAUUCCGUCUCCAACUUUGCUUUUCGCAAAGCCCUCCCACUUGACGUCUUUGUCUUCAGCAAUUCUUGAUGAGGCUAGACGGUCGUCCUUCUUCUUCCACACUCUGGCCUGGCGUCACAAGUUUGCUGGCAUUGUCGAUGGCUUCCUCACGAAACAAAGUUUGUGGGACAGGCUUGUCUUUGACGAUGCCAGGGCAAAAAUAAUGGGAAAAGGUGCUGGAACUGUCAGAGGGGUGAUUGUGGCCGGAGCACCCUUGGAAGCCCAGGCUCUCACUCCGGCUCGAAUCGCCCUUUCCGUACCCCUCGUGAAUUCACAUAUUCAUCCAGCAGUUGCAGGACCUGUGCUUGCGUCCCAUCCCCUCGAUCUCCAGACCUUUCCCACUACACCAGCUACAUCCGGUUCAUCUGCAGCAGACAACUUUGCUUUCGCUUAUCAAGCACCUGUCGGACCUCCUAGCAUCAACGUCGAGGCAAAGCUUCUUGGCGUGGACGAUGUUGCUGUGGAGGAUGGUGCUGAUCCAAUCGGUGCUCUGUUUGUACGUGGACCCAGUGUUGGCAAACUUCUCCAUGUUGAGCAAGGUGAGGAGAAUAUUCCCGAGGAGGACCGGGGUUGGGUGGAGACAGGUGAACGUGCUCGUGUGCUCAGUAACGGCACAUUCAAAGUUGCUAUUCAGGCCAAGUAGUCAAGUUAACCAUCCAUGCAAACCUCUAGAUUUCGCCGUUUCUGAUAGGUUAUUGGGACAAUUACUGUUGUGGUGCAUGUCUGUAAUGUAGAAUUAUCACUACCUCAGUUCUCUUCCUUGUCGCCUCUGUAAAAUAUAACUUUUGCUAUCAGUAGUUUACACACCACAGAGUGCUUCUAGGCGCAAUCAAGCAAACGAUUCCUG